CAAUUCUUGAAAAAAAAAGGUAAAUUUUUUAUUUUGUUGCAAAUCUUUUGUUGUUUUUUAAGUUCUUGAUUUUCCGGCAAGAAUCUCUAAAAAUGGCCGUCUCCGGUGACCGGAGGAGUGUUAGAGAUAUUGUUUGUGAUGCCGGUGCUGGUGCCUCUGCAGGUGCUAUUGCUGCUACAUUUAUGUGUCCAUUGGAUGUUAUUAAGACAAGACUGCAAGUAUAUGGUCUGCCUCAGGUUUCUCAAUCUGGUCGUCAAGGUAGUGUCAUUGUCACAAGCUUACAGCAUAUAUUAAGAACUGAAGGUUUCAGGGGACUUUAUCGAGGCCUUUCACCAACAUUAACAGCUCUUCUUCCAAACUGGGCGGUAUACUUUACAGUUUAUGGACAUCUAAAGGAUUUGUUGCAUUCGCAUGAUGCAGUGGAUAGCUGUGGGCAGCUUACUAUUGGUGCAAACAUGAUUGCUGCUGCAGGAGCGGGGGCCGCAACAUCCAUUACGACAAAUCCAUUGUGGGUUGUUAAGACCCGGCUCCAAACACAGGGAAUGAGGGUGGGUGUAGUUCCAUAUAAAGGUAUAUUCUCUGCUUUAAUACGAAUAGCACAUGAAGAAGGGAUCCGCGGAUGGUACAGUGGCCUCUUGCCGUCUUUGGCUGGGAUAAGUCAUGUUGCUAUCCAAUUUCCAGCAUAUGAAAAGCUGAAAUCAUACUUAGCAAAAAGGGCCAAUAAGCAUACCAAUGAAUUGAAUCCUGGUGAAGUUGCAAUUGCCUCUUCGACUGCGAAAGUAGUUGCCUCUAUAAUGACUUAUCCGCAUGAGGUCGUGCGUUCUAAAUUACAAGAACAAGGGCAAGUAAGAAACUCAGAGAAAGCAUAUAAUGGGGUUGUUGAUUGUGUAAAAAAGAUGUUCAAACAGGAACGUCUGACCGGAUUCUACCGGGGUUGUGGAACCAAUCUUCUACGGACAACUCCCUCUGCUGUUAUUACAUUUACAAGUUAUGAAAUGAUCCACAGAAUAUUUGAGCGAGUUAUACUUCCAGAGGAGCAUUCAAAACCAAAUCCUAGAUGUGAAUCCCAUAAGGUAGCCGGAGAACAUGGAGAACAUGGAGACAAUGACGAAAAUUUACAACAAUCAGAAAGCACAUCGAAUAAGAGAACUCCUUUAAUUCCAUUGAGUAAUUCUGAUAAUCUAACUGCUAGACAUUGAUUAGAGAUGUGCUUUUUUUUUUUUUCCGGUCGCGGAGGCAAUUUGCAACAAGUGUUUGCUGUUGCACAAAUUUUCCUUUUGUAACUUACUAUUUUGGAUCUAAUAAAGAAGGGCACGAAUAGUUUUCCGAUAA